AUGGACCAUGUGGGCAGCCUGCCAGCGCUGCUUGAAGCCUUCCCUCAGGCUCAGGUGGCGAUGCACAUCUUGGAGGCGCCCUAUGCUGUCGGCGGCGUCAGCUAUGCAGCGGUGCCUGCCGACAACUGGGCAUACACCAUCAUGCACCGCCUUGCCCCUGACACCCACCUGCAUCUGCCGGUGCACCGCCUGCUGUUCCUUGCCCUGAAAGAAGACAGGACGCGCCUAGAGCUCACCAGCUUUCUUUGCGAGCGUGGAGAUGUGUCAGAGGCAAAGGGGGCGGCGGGACAGGCGCCAGCGUGGGUGCCGCCUGCGGGUCUGCUGGAGUAUGUGCACGUUCCAGGCCAUUCCCCUGGUCACGUGGCGUUCCUGCACCGGCCCUCCUCCAGCCUCCUGCCCGCUGAUGUCAUCGUGAAUAUCGGUGGCGGUGGCUACUUCGGAUUACAUACCCCUCCAAAGCUCGGACUGCCUCCUGCAGGCAGCACGUACAACUUGACGCAGGAGGCGUCGGACUGGCGAGCGCUUGCAGAGCUCGAUUUUGCCACGGCAUACCCCUCCCACGAUGUGGGGACUGGCGUGCCCAAGGCCGCGAUUGUGACGUUUGCGAAGAAGCUUGCUAGCCCUGCAACUUUGAUCUCCUGA